AUGAAAAUAAGACGCGGCGCAUUACUAUCUUUCUUGUGUCUGCUUGUCAAUGUGCAAGAUGCAUUUGGUAAGAAACAGACAGUAAUGGAGGCAAAUGACCCAUGGAAGUUUGAAGGCGAUACUAAACAUGCGAUUCCCGAUACUUCAGAAGCAACUUUUGGAGCCAUUAAAGAUUUGAAUGAGCGUGUAUCGCCAUUACUGAAAGAUUUAACAGAGAAGUCUGAUUAUAUGCGCUUCUAUCGAUUGAAUUUAUUUAAUAAGGAAUGCAAGUAUAAAAUGGACGAUAAUGUUUUUUGUGGUAGUAACGCCUGUAAUGUGGUGAUUACAGACGAAAAUAAUGUUCCAGAUAUCUGGAGCUCAAGAGCUCUCGGGAAGCUUGAAGGAUUCAUGCCAGAGCUUUCACGUCAGAUUGUUGAGUCGGACCAAUCUGUAAUGGAAAACGUUGAAAAAAUUUCGCAAUCGUGUUUGUUGGAACGACUGGACGAUCAGGAUCGUCAAUACUGUUAUGUUGAUAAUGAAUUGGAUAGUGGGUGCGUUUAUGUUUCUCUGUUAGACAACCCAGAAAGAUUUACUGGAUAUGCGGCUCCACACGCUACUCGGAUUUGGGAAAUGAUUUACAAUGAGUGUUUGCCAGAUACAUCCGAACCUACAAUAGAUUUUCCCUCUCUUUUUAUGCAGGGUUCUCUGGCUCCCCCUUCAAAUUCUCAAGAAAACAUGUUGAAUGAACGUAUGGACAUGUGGACCAACGAACAGCGUGUCUUUUAUCGGGUACUUUCGGGAAUGCACUCCAGUAUUUCUACUCAUUUAUGUUAUAAUUACCUGAAUCAAUCAACCGGAGUUUGGGGACCAAACUUGAAUUGUUUCAUGGAAAAGGUUCUGUCGCAUCCAGAAAGACUUGAAAAUUUGUAUUUUGCUUAUUCUUUGCUUCUUAGGGCUAUGGAUAAGUUAAAUGGACACCUGGAUACACUUACAUUUUGUCAUGAUAGUGCAUUGCAAGAUACCGAAGUUCGUCAUAAAGUUCGAGAUUUGGUUGACACGGUUGAUCAAUAUCCUCGGUACUUUGAUGAAUCAGUAUUGUUUAAUGGUGAUCCUGAACUUUCCUCGGCAAUGAAAAAAGAGUUCCGAGAACAUUUCCGUACUGUAUCGGCUUUGAUGGAUUGUGUUGGUUGUGAACGUUGCCGUUUGUGGGGCAAAAUUCAGACAAAUGGAUUUGGUACAGCUUUGAAGAUCCUUUUUGAAGUGCCAGAUGUGGAGAAUGAAAUUGACCAAUUUGAGAGCACGUCGUUUCCUCUACAAUUACGUCGUUCUGAGAUUGUUGCUUUGGUAAACACACUCGAUCGACUUUCCCGUUCCAUUAACUAUAUUCAAAAAUUCCAUGAGCUAUAUAUUGAACAACACCAACCCGAAUCCAUGUUUCGGAAAGUUUUGAAUAGCAUGAAACGAUUUGUGUAUCAGUAUGUGCCUGAGGUUUUCCAUCCAUAUUUGAAAAAGACGUACAAUGUCGCACGGAUUUUUUACCAUGAUUUUUGGAUGGAAUUGGAAGUUGUAUUAGAAGGAUUUCGUUAUGUCUUGUCCAGCUAUUUAAAGUUGCCGAGUAUGAUAAACUUCUAUUUCUUCUCUAGCGAAAGUCCUUUAUUGAACUAUAUGAGCGAGUCUAUCAGACAACGUAUUCCUAGCGGUUGGCUGCCUUAG